AUGAACGAAGAUGACAUAGUAGGGGAUAGCGAAUACUCAAACGAGUUUUCGGAUGACGAUGGUUCAAAUGAAUUUAAAUCUGACAAUGAAAAUGAGGAAAAAAGUAAUAAGAGUGUGGAGGAAAAUAGCAAUUCAGAGGACGCAAAUAAUAACGAGCAAAAUGGGAUAAAGGGAGAAAACAUAUUUUUUAAUAUGAAAAAAGAGACAAUAAAUAUAAAUAACAAACAUAUAUGUAAUACUAAAAUAUUAAACAAUGGUAAUAGCCUAAUUAUAUCAGGUAAUGAUCAUAAUGUAAGAAUAUAUGAAUUUAAAAAUAUGAAUAAAUAUGAAAAAAAUUAUGCAAAACUUAUAAGUUUAUCAGAAAAUUCUAUUGUUAAUAGUUUGGAUAUAAAUAAUAAUUUCAUUCUUUUGGGGUAUGGAUAUAAAUGUUAUGUUUAUAAUAUGAAAUGUGAAUUAAUUAAGAAUACAAUUCGAGGUGAUAUGUAUAUUACUGAUGUUAAUAAAACAAAAGGGCAUAUGAGACAAAUAAAUUGUUGUAAAUUUCACCCCAAUAAUAAUCAUAUAUUUAUAAGUGGUUCAUUAGAUAGUACAGUAAGAAUAUGGGAUUUAAAAAAUGAAAAAAAUACUUAUGGUAUCGAUAAUGAGUUAGUACAUAAUCAAUGUUUAAAAAUUGUGAAUGAAAAAAAUAUUAUGAAUAAUAAUGUGUUGUGUUGUGAGUUUACCAAAGAUGGUAAUACAAUAUUAAUAGGAUGUGAGAAUGGGCAAUUAGAUAUUCGAAAUAAAAUAUCUAAUGAUUACAUGUAUAGUUAUAGAUCAGAUUAUAAUAUGAGUAGUGGCAAUAAAAAAGGGUUAUGCCAUAAAAAUUCUAUAAUUGAUAUAUUAACUUCGAAAAAAAUGGAUUAUUAUUUUUUUACUAGAAGUUUAGAUGAAACAAUAAAAUAUUGGGAUCGGAGAAAUUUACAAACCCCAAUUAAUACAAUAGAAAAUGUAGAUACAUUUAUUUCGAAAAGUAACAUGUCCUUUUAUGGAACUGGGGAGAAAUAUUUAGCAAUUGGAACACAGAGGAAAAAAGCAGAAAACAAAAUAAACAAUAGAAAUGAUUUUGAAAAUACGAUAGAUUUAGAGGAGCAUGAAAACAAAGAAAAUGAAAUAAAGAAGGCAAAAAUGAAAAAGUAUACUAUGGACAAUUAUAUAAAAGUAUACAAAGGGGAAGAAGAUAUUAACGAAUAUCUAAAUGAGAUGGCUUCAUUUGAUAAUAAAAUAAAUAAAAAUAUAGAAGGUGCUCUAAAAAUAUAUGAUAUAUCAAGUUGUAAUUUUAAUAUGGUUUAUAAUGAAAUAUAUGAGGAUUGUGGAAUUAUAUCUGCAUAUUAUGAUGAUACAAUAAAACAACUAUUUUUAGGUACCACUAAUGGUGAUUGUAUAAUAUAUUAUGAUGAUAAUUCUCGAAAUGGAGUUUUACAAUAUAUUAACAAAGAAGUAAAUGUAACAAAAAGCGUAGAUAAUUCAUUUUACGUAAAUACAGAAAAUAUAUUUAAUAUGGAUAAUAUACCUGAGGAUAUACAUAUUACUGAAUCAGGAAAAGUUAUAAUUAAGAAAAAAAAUAAAAGAGUAAAAAUGAAUCCAACAAUUGGUAUGCAUACUUCAAAUGCAUAUGAAAAGAAAAGACACAUUGAUCCAUAUUCUAAAUAUAUUGUAAAUACAAAAGAUGGAAAAAAUCCUUAUGAAGAUAAAGAUAAUGAAAUUAAAAACAUGGAUGAAGAAGAAGAUGAUAUUGUCGACAUAUUAAGAAAAAGAGAGCUAAAUAAAAAAGAUAAUGACUAUUUUUUAAAAGCUUAUCAAUAUACUCAACCCAAUAAAGUAAUUGAUUACUCCUCAGGAGAUGAACAAGAAUACUCAAAAUUUUUGACUAUGCCAAAAUGUCCACGAUGUGGAAUUAAAAACUGCGUUUGUGGGUACAUGAAAAGUAAAGGGAAAAAGUGA